UGCUCAAUCUUUGCUAAAUCAGUAAAUCACAGUUGCUCAUUUUGGUGUUUCUAACUGGCUUGUAUUGCAGUCUACGAUAGUUAGACAUUCAAAAUGCUGUUCACUUUACUUGGAGUAAUUGCUUUAGUUCAGAGAGAAAGGAGAAAAGUCAACAGCAUCGACUCAUGUCAAGAUGAGAAAGAUGUUCCUCCUGUGCGGAGUCCUGAUGGCCAGACUUCUGCACAUAUCAGCAGUGACGCAGCAGUCGAGCAACCCUCGAGCCGUCACCCUGAAGACUGGAGCCACGAGCCGCUGAUCCAUGAUUUAGUCUGGGAUUUGUCUGAACGGAGAGUUGACGUUCUCAGCGGUGUCAUGUGCAAAUGUGACGUCGACUCGUUCCAGACUGUCCCUGAAUUGAGUGUUGAUGUCCUGACUACAGAGGAGCCUAUGACUGGUCACCCUGAAGUGGAUUCAGUCAGCACUGCCCAAACUUCAGAGGGUCCAACAGAGGCCCCUGAGGCACCUCAGACCAGCCAGCUGGAGGAUACUCAGACAACAGCUAUGGGCAUUAAUUCCUGCAGCGAUGAUAUCGGCGUUGAUCUGAGAGAAGGAGGCUUUGGAUCGGUUCAUUCAGAGGAGGCUUCUUCUGAAGUCCUUCUGUCAGAGCUGCGAGAUCAGCGCUCGGACGACGAGGAGACUUAUGAAGCCUCGGACAUUGAGACUAAAUCAGACUCGGAGGGUCCUGAAGUUCCCGUUCCUGUCGACGACACACCAGAGGGUCUCAACAGAGUCCUCUCAGGCCUUUCCUGGCGAUGGAGGGAGAUCCUCGCCUUGGCUAUGAUCUCUGGCUUCUUCUGCAGUAUUUAUCUGGGUCCCAUGUCUCUGAUGACGAUUGUGCUGUGCGUUCAGAUCAAGUGCUUCCAUGAGCUGAUCACCAUCGGUUAUCACUGGCACCGCCUGCCAUGGUUCAGAACGCUAAGCUGGUACUUCCUGCUGUACGUGAACGACUUCCUCUAUGGGGAAACGCUCACGGAUAACUUCUUCACUCUGGUGCAGAGGGAGGAGCCUAUACGCCUGCUCAGCCAAUCCCAUGGCUUAAUUCCGUUUGUCCUGUACCUCGCUGGGCUCUGCAUGUUUGCUCUGAGUCUGGUGAAGAGACGCCAUCGCCCACAGUUCUACAUGCUCGGCUGGACUCUAAUGAUUUUGGCCACUCUGUCCCAAUUAAUCAUUCGCAACCUGUUUGAGGGCAUGAUCUGGUUUAUAGUGCCCAUCUCUUGCUUUAUUUAUAAUGGCUUCCGAGUUUGGGUUCUUGUUUGGUCGCACCCCUCUCUUCUAGUUGUCUACUAAGAAGACAUGGGUGGGCUUUAUCAGUGGCUUUUUAUCCACUGUAGUGUUUGCGGAAAGCGGAGCGGAAGCUGAAGAGUGAAGUAGAGCACUUGCUGGAAGGAGAUGAGCAGAAGAGUGAGGUUAUGAGAGAGGUGACGUCUGCAAGAUCUGGGAGUCCUGCUGGAGAACGAUGAGGAGGACAUGAAGCACCGCACACACAAGACACCAAGAGAGAAACAGACUGGAAAAUGCAAGGGUUUAUCAACUCAAACAGGACUUUAUGAACUUAUUUCAAUAUUUUAAUUGUACUGUAGGGUAGAGAAGGGAAAACGGGUUUUCCCAAAAUAACCA